UGCUUUUCCAGUCGAAGUUGGAGAUCAGCUCUCCCCUGGGAAAUUCGCAAAUAAAGUGCGCCGAUUUUCUCCACCGAGUUCCUAUCGUGAUAAGAUAACUGACAAUAGUAUAGCUUUGUGAAUUAUAGUUUCGUCGUUGUAAAUAUUUUAGAAUUCCGUAAUUAGAUAGGUACUAGCAUGAUUUGGAUACAUUGGAUGCUAGUCCUAUGUUUAUGUGGAAUUGCUGGUAAAGUCCAUAGUACUUCAACGGAAUCGAAUACCAAUACCACCCCAACGUCCGAUUAUGAUGACGACUGGGACGAGGAUGAGUCGACAGAAAUUGACGACGAUGGUAGAAUUUAUAAGAACCCACGAAAUUCUCCUAGUACAUUAUGUCCGCGUGACGAAGAACAAGCAACGUUGUUGGGGCAAAAGUGCUUGAGAAAAUGCUCUUCGGACGAAGACUGCAAAAGCAAGAAAAAAAAGUGUCUGUGCGACGGAGCUUGCGGGAUGUCUUGUAUUAAACCAGAUCGCGAGUGCCCGGAACCGGAACAGAUUUCCUUCGGAAGCGUAGUUGCGAGUGGCCGUAUAUUUGGCGCACGCGCAACAUACAGCUGUCAGCAUGGAUACCACGUGGUCGGUUUGCAAAGUCGAAACUGUCAAGCUGAUGGCCACUGGGCAGGGAGUCCACCUGCAUGUAAACAAAACAGUAAGUUUUCCUGUUAUCAUCCAGAUGCAAUUUGCAAUCAAUCUUUGGUUACAGUAUACUGCUUAUCACCGCCUGCUAUUGAUCACGCUCGACAUAAUGCCCUACCAGAGCAAAGCACGUUUGAUUUAGAUUCUACACUGCAGUAUUAUUGUCAUACAGGUUUUGUCACUAACGGAUUUCCUAGAGCAAAAUGUUUAGCCAUCGACGGGCAGGCGUCGUGGUAUGGUCCAGAUAUAUCAUGUGAACCAAGAUCAUGUGGACCUCCUAGCGAUAUCUCACACGGUUGGCAUGCAGGAGAGUGUUACACAUUCGCUUGCCGCAUCACUUAUCAUUGUGGCGAGGGAUUUGAAUUGGUGGGUCGCAAUGAGCGAUUUUGUCAAGCAGACGGCACUUGGUCUCCGAAGGAGUUACCAACUUGUGUUCUGAUUACAGCAGUGCAAUGCCCGCCACCCGAAAAUCCCCGACAUGGUAAAGCUAUUUAUACUUCUUGUAGUUACAAUUCAGUAGUUAGUUAUGAGUGCAAAUAUGGGUAUACUUUAGUUGGCGAAACUACAAGACGUUGUGGAGCUGAUAAAAAAUGGUCUGGAUCUCAACCUGUAUGCAAAGAAAUAAACUGCGGCCAUCCAGGAAGAUUGUGGAAUGGUUGGUUAGAAAAUAUAGAAGGAGGUACUGGACUUGGAGCCUCAAUUAUAUUUCGUUGUCACGAAGGAACGAGAUUAGAUGGAAAUUCGUCAACUGUCUGUCAGAUUGAUGGUAAAUGGAGGUAUCCUCCUCCGAAAUGUUUAGCUCCUUGCGUCGUGCCUCAAGUAUCUCAAGGAAAAAUCAGUUUAUUGUCUCGAAAUGAUACAGCACCAUCAUCGACUGUAGUACAGGAUGGUGAAGCACUUACAGUCGAUUGUGAACCGCUGUAUGAAUUUGCAUUAAGUGACUCGCCUGUCGUAUGUAAUAAUGGUACCUGGACUCACAUACCCAAGUGUCAACCGGCCAGGUGUAAGUAUUUGCCAAAGUCACCAAAAAAUGGAAUGGUGAUUGCACCAAAAAUGGAACACGGAAUGAAAGCCAGAUUUAAGUGCAAGGAUGGUUUUGAACUGAAAGGAAACACAUUUAUCGAUUGCUCGUUUGGAAACUGGACGGGCGAGUUUCCCAUCUGCCAAGAAGUAUACUGUCCAUUUCCUGGCUUGGUAGACAAUGGAAAAAUUCUUUUGGUCGGAAAUAUGGGGCUGUACGAUUACCGACCAUACGUCCGAAAAGUCACCAAUAAUAAGCAAAUCAUGUACGAUUGUGAUAAAGGGUAUGUACUGAGUGAAGGGCCACCAGGUGCCACUUGCAUUGGGGGUAAUUGGAGUCCAAACGAACUUCCAAAGUGCACUCUUGGUCAGCAUCCUCGUCUGAGAUGGAGUCGUAAAAAACGUCAUACCCUCAUAACUCGUUACAAGAGGCCAGAUAUUUUGAGAUUUGAAAAUAGUACUACCCUCCUGCAUGUUAAUGAUACCAUUGAAGGGAAUAAAACUAUUGUCAAACGCGCUUUGAGAACUGGAAGUACUAGCAGCAGUAGCCGAGCUCUUGGUUUAGGCCUCAAAAGCAACAGAAAUCAACCAAACGCCAGACGGAAAAAUAAACAAACAAAUUUCGACGUUAAACCGGAAAAGAAAAAUGGCUGCUUUCCAGUGGAUGAUGAAGAAACAGUCGAAGCUAUUAAGAUUAUAAAAUAUGGGUUCGAUAAUAGCAUUCCAUAUAGUUUUGGAACCGUAAUAAAGAUGACCUGCAGACACGGAUUUGGUUUAAAUGUGCCAUCGAACAUAACAGUCAAAUGCUUUCGAGGAAAAUGGAAACCAGUGAGGCCCAAAUGCCUAACAGCACCAUGCGCUCUGCCAAAAAUUGACAGUGGUGAAUAUUUGUCGGGAUACCGUGAGGGAAUGGCCAUCGGGAAUGGUUCGAGCGUAGCAUUCCAGUGUGAAAAGGACAUGAGCAAUUCGACAGUGUUGCGAGUAUUCUGCAUAAAUCACGAGUUAAAACCUGAGAAUCCAACUUGCACACCCGGAUACGACUUUAAAUUUAACGCUAGCAAAGUUAUUCCCUAUUAUCUCGGUGGAAGCGAUAUCGUUAUAGGAGGCGAUAUAAACGUCCUCGAGUACGGAGGUACGGGAAAAUCUUGCGGACCACCGACAAGUAGAGUUCAAGGUUCUUUGAUAUAUCGCAAUGGUGAAAUACUAUCGGAGAACGAUGAGACUUUUCCGGAUGAUACCGAGGUCACGUUUAGCUGUAUUGAAAGUAUUGUGGGCGAGAAGACCACGUGGAAGAUCAUUUGCGACGACGGAAAAUGGGUCGGAAGAUCUCUUACUUGUGAUACAGAAGAACUGAUAUACGGCCAUAAUGCCAACAGUAACAAUACAUGCCUGUUUAGAAACCAUGAGGCAAACGUAGAUUUCUUUUACAAUGACAAAAAGAUCGAGGAGCAGAUCGCUGAAUUUGCAGAUGACACUGUAUUGGUUAGUCGAUGUGUUGAUAUUGGAAAAUUUGCAAUGAUAGGUACAAACAUACAAAAGUGCCUAAAUGGUAAAUGGGAUAAUCCGCAACCGUCGUGUUUUGGAUUGAACCAAGAAUUUGAUUACUCCAUGGAAAAACCGCCGACUAUACUAUUUCGACAUGAAUUAGGCCCCAUAGCGCAGUCGAACGAAGGAAAGCUGAUCGUUUAUCCGGGAGUGAUUUUACAUAUGGAGUGCCUGUGGAUACGAAGAUUUGGUAUUCCCAAAUGGACAAUCGGGCAUAAUCAUAGACAGUACCCUCAAAGUUGGACUACUGAUCCUGGUCGAGAUUCCCAGCUAGAAUAUAGGUUGUCUAUAUACUAUGCGUCAAAAGAAGACUCUGGAUUGUUCACGUGUGAAACCCCAGCUAGAUACAUGCACUCAGUUGAAGUUAUUGUUAAAGCUGUUCACUGUCCUCACAUUCCAAAACGUCGAGGAUUGACUGCUAGUACAGAAGACACAAAAAUGAGCACUCACGUUACUUUCAAUUGUGAAAACGGCAACGCCCUUACUGGACCGUCUGAAAUAGUUUGUUUGCCAUCUGGUAACUGGAAUUCUUCAUUUCCGAUUUGCGAAAGUGUCGAGUGUGGAGAAGUAGGGGGGUUAGUGUCGACAAAUUUAACGAUGAAAGUUAUAGCGAGAGACAUCGGUGGUCGUGCUGUUUUUAGUUGCGCACCCGGAUAUAGUCUUCAAGGACCACAAGAAACUACUUGCCUUUCUAAUGGUGAUUGGGCGACACCGUUUCCAUCAUGUGUUGAAGUUCAAUGUGAAAAUCCAAAGUCCCCCGAGAAUGGAUUUUACCAUGGGACGGGAGCAUUUAAAGUAGGAGACGUUGUGCAAUACAACUGCAAUACUGACUAUGUAAUGGAGGGGCAGUCAGUCUCUGCUUGUCAAGAUAGUGGUCGAUGGUCUGGAACUUUGCCCAAGUGUAUACCAGCAUGUUCGUAUCCAGGCACUACAAUAAGUGGUAAAAUGUCAUCAGUUAAAUUCUACUACAAAAUGGGAGAAAACAUAACAUUUUCGUGCGAAAACAAUCUCGUGUUAAAAGGGGCGUCAAUGUUAAAAUGCUUGAAGAAUGGAAAAUGGUCCAAUACUAUACCUACUUGCGAAGCGCCAAAUUCAAAUCAAAGCUAAUUGAAAUUUGAAAAGUUGUGGCAGAAAAAGGUCGAAUAGAGAUAAUGUGCUAUUAACGUAACUAUUUCAGUAGCCGAUAGAUCUUCUUUCUUAAACAAAUCUCGCAUCUAUCCACAACUUGUAUGCGAUAUUCAGUAGUUGAUUCGAUUCUUACAAGUAAUUAGGUUGAUAAUGAUUGAGAUAACAGAUGAUUGUGAACAUUAAAAAUGUAUGAGCAGAUUUUUCAAGAAUAAAGAAACUUGAUGCAUUCACUA